CUAUGCUCCCGCUGUACAAAGUGCAAAACACUCAGUGAAUUUAUCCGAUUCCAUAGAAACCAAGAAAAGUUCUCUAUAUUCAGAAAAGAAAAAAGGGAAAAGGUCCUUGAUACCUGAAAAUGAAGGUGAUGAAACUUUAAUCCAGCUCAAAUAUUCUCAAAAUGUAAACAUUAAUCCAGAAGAAGAAAACAACAACAACGACAAUGACAAUGAAGACAGUGUUCUGUAUGAGUUAGCUGAAUUUGAAGAACUAGUCACUAUACAUUUUACAAAUGCUGAAGAAAAUGGAGGAAUUUAUCUUCACAAAAAGGAUGUUCAACAAACAACAGUGUAUCUUGGUUGUGCCCAAAGAAUAGAUCAAAAGUCAUCCACACAAACAGAUUACCAAUCAGCAAAAAGAAGAAUCACAAUCCAACAUUUAAUAACACACGAACAUCCAAAUUAUUGUGAAAAUAAAUUACCUGAAAGAGCCAUAGCAUGGAUAUCAAAAAAUCUAAACUUAAGAAAAGUUGAGGUUUAUAAAAGGCUCUGCGAGGAACAGUUUAUUAAUUUGAAAGUACAUACUUAUUGCCAAGUGUAUUAUUGGGCUUCAAAAUUUUCUGCUCAACAAUAUCUUACAAAUGCAUCUAAUCAACUUCUCUCAUUGCUAAGCUUCUUGAAGCAAAAUGAAUUAGUUGAUGAAGGAUAUAAAGUCAUAUUUUAUCUUGAGAAUGAUUUUGUACAAACACUUGGAUUUCUUACACCUUUUAAUGAUCACCUUCAAGAUCCUAAAAAUAGAACCAAUUCACGAGCAAAAGUUCUCAAGGAAUUUUUUUCAUUGCUGAGAUGUGAGGGUAUCUUACCUAUUUUAGAUAAGGAUGCAGGACAAAUAGCAGCAAUACACAUAUUUUUUCUAAAAUUUCUUUUUGAA